AUGAGACUACUGAUUAUUCUUCUCUUCACCUUGCAAAAAGUUCAUGGCACUUCUGUUUUCUGCCCAGAAACAAGUGACCUUGGAUCUGAUCAGCUUUUUAUUGGUUGUCUGGGUGUUCAGUUCUCCUGGCUUUAUGCUGUGUUUGAUGACCUGCUGUCCGUAAUGGAGUUUGCUGUUAAUCUGCAUUGUGAGACGGGUCUUUGUCCUGCGGACAUCCAGAACCACGGACAUUACUGUAGCAAUGCACGGGAAACAUGGGACACUGCGCACACACACAUACAGCCUGCCGACACACUUGACAGUUGUUGUUUCACCCACUGGAGAUGUUAUCAGGAACUAAAGGACAGAAACUGCAGUCGGAGGAUCCCAACAAACACCAACUACACCUGCGGCUACAACUCCAGCUGUGACACGCAAGAUUUCUGUGAUGAAGGAUUCUGCCAUUGUGAUCAGUCAGCUAUAGACUGCAUCGGCUCCAACCGUCAUAUCACAAAACAGGAUGGAAACAACCAACCGAUCACAUCACAGACAGGUACCACAGCUUUUAAUCAGAGUACAGUUGUACAGUUAUUUAUAGCAAACAAAGAGACGCUAUUUUUAUCUGUUUUAAUGUUUCUCUUCACUCACUUUCUCUGCAACAGAUCUUCUUACAGGGUGGAGCUUUCCCCAUCAGACUUUGAUAUAUAUGGAUUUGAUCACACACUGAAUGAGACAAUAAGCAACUUCACCACUGAGGUGGUAUUUGUCAACGGCUCUCAAGCCAGCGAUAUCCAGACUACAGAAAACCCUGCCGUAUAUCAGACUGGUCCAAGGAAAGAGGAGAAUGAACUGAAACAGGAGACAGACAGCGUAUCAAAAAGAGAAAACACAGUUGAGGAAGAGGAGGGGGUGGAAUACGAGGAAGGUGUCUUUAAUGUGACUGCUGUGAUUAUUUAUAUUUUUUAUGUCUUGACAGAUGGACCGACAGGUAGCACAGCUCUACCAUUAACAACAGAAACACAGACUGUCGCAUUCUCACACACAGACAUACAAUCAAUCCAUACACAACACUUAUCACACACACAAAGUCUUCUUUCUGCUCCACACACAGUAUCAGUAACAACAUCCACACACAUACAACCACAAUACCUCUCAUCUGAUGAAGAUGAGGAAAGUGAUGAAGAUGAUGAAGACACGUUUCAACCGGCUGCAAACAACAAUUUAAAACCCACAGCAUACACACCUGCACAAAUUCAACAUACAACACACACCAUAAAACCUCUUACACACAUCCCUGCGCAUACUACUGUUACACAAAAAACAACAAUUCAUGCUAGUAACAUCACUGGAGGAAUAAUGGAUGAGUCGAUAGAGACAGAAGAACAGUCAACACAAACCAAUCAAAACCUUUAUAGCCUUCUGAUGACCACACCCACCCAAACAAUAACCAAUCAAAACUCUCAUCAUAAAACAACCCCAUCCAUAUCUUCCAAUGAAGAUAAACCAGAAAGAGACAGUGAGGAGGAAGAGUUAUCGGUUGAAAAGACAGAGAAAGAAAGUGAAGAGGCAAGCGACUUGAUCACAACCAAACCAACAUCUUCAGCAUCACACUUGACCACACAAGCCACCACAAACUCACAAAACAAAAAGAGUGAUGAAGAGCUACAGAGUGACGAAGAGAGUGAAAAACAAAGUGGCAUUUUUUCUUCGGUCCACAACCGAACCACUGCCAGCUUUCUAAAACCCUCCAUCACAACACCAGGCAUUACUGAUCCCUCUACUAAACCUCCCGUACACGUGUUCCCAAAACCAACAGAACACACGGUUGCAAAACCAACGAGGAAUCACAAAACAACAUCUCAACCUCUCCAUAAGACCCAGAUGCCAGCAUCCACAUCUCGUCCUUACUCCCAGAAAUCAACCCAUCCACCCCUGCAACGGCCACCUGCCACUAUGGUGACCCCUGCAGAUCAGGAGGAGUCUGCUGAGGAAGAGGAGCAGGAGGAGGAAGUGAAAGAGCCGUCUGACAGCUCACAGGAAUCAGAGAAGAUUGAGCCUGUCCGGAGACGGAGACGGACACUGCCGUUCUUUGCCUGGUCUCUGCUGGAGGCAGCGGGACUUUCAGACCAACCGAAAGAAGAAAGCGAAGAAUGUAGCAUGUCUUUUUACCAGUAUGAUGCAGCUGGACAGGUGCUAAGGGAUAUGUCUGCUUUGGGUGAAAUGCUGAACUGUCUGACAGGACGAUGUCCUCAUGAGUAUCAAAACUAUGGCUGCUACUGUGGACAGCAGGGAAGAGGAAACCCAGUAGAUCAGCUGGACCGGUGCUGUUUUCUGCAUCAGUGUUGUCUGGAACAGCUGAGUUCGCUGGGCUGCAGGAGAAACAGAAAACUCAAUGCUCAAAUCAGCUGUCAGAAAGGAAAACCCCGAUGUAUGGGUACGAGCGUGUGCGACCGGCUGCAGUGUGUCUGCGACCGUUCCACUGCUGAGUGCAUGGCUGCUUCUUACUUCAAUCAGUCAAUCACCUCGUCGUGUUCUGGGCCCCGCCCACCAUGCCACCGUACUACAGAUUCUUCGAUGCAAUCAACCAAUCAGGGCUCUAGCGAGGAGAGCAAUGAAAUGACCCAGCAACGUCCGCAAACAAAUGCACAGAACCAGCAGCCAGUCAGGCCGCACACAUCCUCACUCGGAAAGAACCCCGCGCAAAGUAAACCUGCAGGGGGUGCCAAACAGGAGGAGGAAGAAGAAGAGGAAGAAGAGGAGCAAGGAAAAGAAGAAGAGGAAAAGGAGGAGCCAGAAAAAGAAGAGGAGGAGGAAGAGGAACCAGAAUAAUAAAACAAGAUGGUUCUAGCUCUCAGUGUGAUUCAAUCAUCAAGUAAAUAAAAGAUGUAAUAGACAAAAAACCUCACUCAACAUCAAUGACCAAAGAAGGCGCCAUCCAGAAUCAGCUGUUCCUCCUCAGCUAACGUUCAAUCUACAAACUGCAUGGUUUUGAUAGGAGCGAAUAACUACAGAAUACAAACU